AAAGAAGGAACAAAUCUACAAUAAAUAUUAAAUUGUAUUCAAAAGAAGUCCGAACAUGUUUCUCUCAUCCUCUUCAAUGAGCCGAGCAGGAAUUUCGAUUAUAAAACCCACAUCCGCCGGCCAGCAUCAUGGGUAAUGUAGUUCUUGACGGUUAUUGGUCCAAAAUGCGACGCGCGGAACUUUGCGAGAGCUUCAACAACCGGUUCGGGAUUAUUUCGCGUUACCAAUUACUCUUCGUACACCUCAGUCAGUUAAGAGGUGUUCACAGUGAGUUAUAUAUGCAGACUCGACAGUUUCUGCUUCUUCUUCUCCUCUGUUGUGGCUAUGGAAGGAAGGUGUGCUGUUGAGACUUUGGCAGAGUUUGGCUUCUCAGCAACGUCAUGCACAACAAAAGUCAAGUGCUGUUUUGGGACAGAUGUGUACAUCUGCACUGGCAGUGAAGAGGUGUAUGUCUUCAAUACCAAGGAGAGAAAACUCAGGGCUGUCCUCCAGUUUCCUGGUGCUGUGAGUGACCUGGUUGAGAGCCAUGACAAGCAGUUCCUCUAUGUAGCCUGCAGGAGUGGAGUUUACUGUGUCAGCUCAUCAUUUCUGCUAUCCAGGUUUCAAACCUCACUGGCUGAUGUAUCCUCAAGUCUUGCUCAGGUUAAAAUCUCCUCAGAGUGUCUUGUCAUUGAAGAGGAAGGAGUGUUAUCUCUGCUCCUUGUCGGCUCUAUGCUCUUGAACCUUUCCCAGAGAGACACAUCCUGGCUGUUGACCGUGUACAAAACACCAACACUGCCAGCGCCUAGCAGCUAUGAGAUGCUCAGUUCAUUCAGUCUCCCACUGGUCUCAGCUGUUGUGCAUGAUAGCACGGAGGGAAAGGGAGGACUAGGAAGAAGGCCAGUGCUAGUUUGUGUCCACUCUGGCGAUACAACACCACCAUCUUCCUCCUGCACUUCUUUAUCAGAGGCAACUUUAACUGACGGCCACUCCCCCCUGGAGCCUGUCCUCUUCAAACUUCUGUUUGGGAUUGACACUGCCCUCGCCAAAUCACCGGUUAUCCUCUGUGGUCUGCCAGACGGGCGCCUGUGUUUCCUACCUCUGCGUCUCCCAGGAUCACGUCUCAGAGUCAUGCAUAGCCUUGAGCAGCCGGUCGUAUUUGUUCGAGCAUCUGUUGUCAUGGAAACGGGUUCGGGACAGUGUUUGGUGGCAGCAGGCGAACAAGGGAGAGUGUUGCUGAUCAAGGCUGACAAGGGAGGGCCAGAGGGAAAGGGCAUGAUAGCCAGUUUUACUGAGGGGUGUGUACCGGGGCCUGUGGUGUGUGCCUGUGUGGAUAAACACUGUCUUUACUACAGCACUGGUUCAGACCUGCUGGCUCUGGAUCUAUUAGAGGGAUUAUCUGGGAGAGCAGAACCAGGAAGGGAUGAGGAGGCAUCCAGUAAGACAGCAGCUGCCCUUCAAAGCCCUACCAGUUUGAAUGUGUGUAGAGUCAUUGCCUUGGCUGAACCUACAUGCAGCUCUGCAGGUGAAAUCCAGCUGCUGGGGCUGUCUAGCAGAGGGCGGCUGCAGACGAUUACCUCGCCUGUGGGGAGAGACGGCGCAAAAUCGCUCCUUUCCACACAGGUGGGCCGCUGCGUCCGGGACCUCCUGUCAGCUAUCGGGGACGUUUGUGAAAGAGCAUCCGUUCUCAAAACUGCCAUCAAAUCCAAAAACCAAACUCUGAGGCACCUGAAUCAGGUGCUCAACAUCAGCUUCCUGCUGACAGCCAGUGCAAACAGUGCAGAGCAGCCUCCCAUCCAGGAGAAGCCAAUCAGAUGUCAUGCUGUGACCGCAUGGAGCAGAUUGCUUCAGAAAGACUCCUUGAACUUAACGUGUUUCCUGGAUAAUGGAAGUUCUUAUAUUCUGGAACGAGGCUGGACACUAAACCUCACUGUGUUUCCUCUCUCCUGCUCCCUCAGGGCAGGAGGGGAAAGCUCCUCCAUAAAUUUUUCAUUCCCUUUCCACAAUCUGCAUCCAGGAGAAAAGCUAGAGGUGUCACUGCCACUAGCAGCUACAGGCGACACAUCCUUCCCCAUUACAGUUAGCUGCUCACUCAUCUUCUCACUCGCGAGUCUCCUUGGAGAGGAGGGGGCGGCAAACUUCCCCGGCUCGCAGAGUACUUGUAUCAGUUUGCCCUUGAACACACUGACAGUGGAUUGGUUGCAUGCCCUGCAGGUGAACAGUCCCACAGCCACACACAAGAACGGCACAUCUCAAUCCCACAACAUCACCACCACUGAUACCAUCAAAGCUUUUUUAAUCUCACGCCAGAUGAGGCGCAGUGGAGGAGGAGGAGAGAGAGCUGCAAACCCUGAGAAAGAGCAGUAUUUGGCAAGUGUAAGGGUGUCGUCAGAGUUGCUAAGGGAUACAUUAAUGUUGAAAACCUCAGAUUUGGACCCUCAGGGGGCAAAGUCGGCUCCUCCAAAUGUGUGCUUCGCUCUGCUGGAUUGGCUGUUGUCUGAAGGUCCUGGAGGAGUGAAGAGGGGACAGCAAGGAGACAGGAUCAACAGCUCAGUGGUCCAUGCUCAAGAUCCGAACGGACACACAGUCAAACUGACUGCAAAAGAGGUAAAUGAAGGGGAGGAGUCUCCGGCUACAGUGGAGGUUCAGGUUGAGAGCUCAUCUAUGGCGGCAGUGUGUGGGCUGCACCAUGCCGUCCUGUGUAGAGUACAGACUCUGUUGCAGAGGGCUCCUGAGAGGACUGCUUCCUCAAAGGGGAUGCAGAAUUCAGGUUUAAGACAGGUACCACAGCAGGCUGAGCGCCUCUUGCAGCAGAUCCAGCAGAGUCGUAUCUCUGGGGCCUCUGGUGUGGGUGUGUCCGCAGGGCAGAUGACCCGAUCUCUCCUCAGUGUGUACCGAGAACUGAGAGAAAAUCCUCUCCUCAUAAUUUAAUGUUUAUCUCAGCCGAGCCUACACCACUGCCCUUGGCCUUUCUUCGUAUUAUGUUAUCUGGCUUUGCAGCUGAUUAAAAAAAUAAUAACCACUCAUGGUCCAUAAUACUCUGUGCUAGUGUAAAUACUGACUGUGAACAUUUUAUAUUUAACACAAAGAAGAAUUUGUGGCAUGACUUUGAAGAUGAUCUUAUUUGCCGAUGUAUAGGAGUGAUUAUUUGGUUCCAGUCACAUGACAAUAAAUUAAAUGAACAACUACUGUA